AUGUUCCGUGCAGCAGUCGCAGGUUUGCUGAUCCCGGCCGCGGCUGUGGAGUGUGAGCAGGUGCAGCUGGGCGACCGGGUGGACUGCACACGCAUGGACGAGGACUCCUGCCGUGCCGCCGGCUGCUGCUGGGGCCCGGUGUCCCCCAACCCGGGCAACGCGCCGUGGUGUUUCUUCAGCAACCGCACCUUGCAGUCCUGCACCUUGGGUGGCGACGCCAAGGCGAGAUAUCCGAUGCGCGCCUUUACCACGCACGGGGCGAGGCGACUACUACUACGCCUGGGCACGGGAUGGGGCUUUGAGCAUGCACGCCUGCAGACCAAGGGUGCGGGCGCGGAGAAAGGAUGGGGAACGGACCCCAACGAUGUGGACAUCCUGGUGGAGCCCAAGUGCUUGAUCCCCCAGGCACGCCCUACCAGGUGGCUGGUGGCGGCCAACCACAGCUCUGAGACCUGCGACUUGUGGGAGGAGGUGCGCUCCAGCGACUUCUUCUGGAACCGCUACACCAUGCGCAAGGCCCUCAGUCUGGGCCAGGACUGCGGCCGGCGGGGAAAGAUGAGCGAGGGCGGCCAGAGUACUCGACGGGCGACCAGGAGAUCGACAGCUGGAGUAGUCACGUCGAUGCCAGCGCUCGUCUUCGAGUCCACUGAUCGGCGCAAGGACACGGCCGUGAUCGGAGCCUUCAGUGGGGGACUUGGAGAUGGGCUUGAUGGGCCAUUCAGGCACUCCGGUGGUGAGGACCUUUGUGAGCGACACGGCUGCAAGAGCCUACGCGGUGAACCAGCAGGCGGCGGCUUCGCGCCCGGCGUGCUCUUCGGGCGCUACGAGGGCGACAGCUACGACGGGGGCAACCCCUGGGUGUUGCUCACCGCUUCUGCAGCCACGCUGCUCUACCGGCAGGCGCAGGCUUUGGCCAAGGGCGGCUCCAUGGACGCGGAUGCCAAGCAGGUGCUGCACCAGCUGUUGGGCCGGGAGGUUACUCAGCAGAAUCUGCUGGGCGCAGGAGACGCGCUCCUUCUGCUCAUGAAGAAGUACUUGACCAAUGGCAUGCACAUGAACGAGCAGAUCGACCGCAAUGACGGCAGCCUCAAGUCUGCCAAGGACUUGACUUGGAACUAUGCCAACGUCUUGAAGGCUAUCGCUGCGCGGAAGGCGGCCGCUGCGACGGAGACUUUGGUGAUUUGA